CGCUAGCAAUAUAUGUAGGAGUAUUACACUGUUCGAUCAAAAAAUUUAUUUAAUCUGGGGGUUCUUGUUGUAUAAACUCCAUCGCAAAUAACCAAAAUACAUCAAUUAAGUUCUGCACAAAAUGGCCAAUUUGAUCAGCUCAAGUGCAGUCAGAGCUCUUAGAAACGGUUUGGUGAAAACAUCCAGAAAUCAAACAACAUUUCGAACAAUCAACACAUCUUUGCAGUUGAAACAAGCAAGCAGCAACGCUUCAGUAUGCAGUAAAAGUAAUGUGACUGAAAAAAAAUUAAAAAACUGGGUGUCUUGGGGCUUUGAUGAAAACGAUAAAUUUAUGGAUAGAGUGGACACUCAUGUUACUUUCUUCGUCACCAUCAGCCUGUGUCUUGUAGGUGGAAGUUUUAUAUUAUCCUACCUUCCAGAUCCAGGAAUGCAGGAAUGGGCACAACGUGAAGCUUAUCUCCAGUUAAGAACUAAGGAAAAACUUGGCUUACCACCGAUUGAUAUUAAUUACAUUGACCCUGCUAAAAUUAAAUUGCCAACUGAUGAAGAACUUGGAGAUACUGAAAUCAUUAUCUAAACGCAUAACUUGUAUUAUUUCAAUACUUUAUUAAAUAAAUUAGAAGGUCAAUAGAAAUUGAUAUGAUACUUAGAUAAAUCAAUAAGCAGGUACACUUAUUUGGAAGAAAAAAUUUAAAAAUUUUGAAUAAAUUUGUUAAAAUAAAUUGUUUGUUUUCAUUAUUCAGUGUGUCGUUAUUUUUACUGUAUCAUAAUAAUAAAAAAAUUAACAACUUCUUGAUUCAA